GCGAAAACUGUCAUCAACUUGAGUCACUUGAAAAUGGCGGCGAGAUCGAAAGAGGUCCUUGUUAUUACGGGUGUGUCGGGAGGACUAGGGUAUCAGAUGCUGAAAUGGUUCAUCAGUAACGGCCAUACUGUAAUCGGUUGCGCUCGAUCSGCGUCAAAAGUCGCUGAGCUGAACGAGAAGUAYUGCAAUGGAAAGCCCAAGCAGUUCUUUGCUGUUGAUAUUACUGACGAGGUAGCAGUCAAGAACUGGGCUACUGAAGCAGUCAGUAACUUUGGUGCWCCAGGUUAUGUACUCAACAACGCAGGCCUAAACAAYAAAGCYGUGCCCUUCUGGGAGSUGACAUCGAAGGACUUUGACAAYGUGGUGGACAUCAACAUCAAAGGAUCUGCAUAUGUUGUAAGACACUUUCUCCCUGCCAUGAURAAAGCAAAGCGUGGCGUAAUUGUCAACUUUUCGUCCGGUUUCGGACGCGCGGCGGUUCCYAAUGAGACUGCCUACUGCGCUACCAAGUGGGGUAUAGARGGGUUUUCCAAAUCCUUGGCACUAGAGCUGCCAACGCCUAUGGUUUGUGUUCCUCUUGAUCCUGGUGGUAUGAUYAACACCCCUAUGCUACAAGAUACAUUUGGUAAGGGAACUGCUUCUAAUCAGCAAAAUCCUGAAGAAUGGGCUUCAAGGGCGUGUCCUUUCAUCUUAUCUCUUGAUAGAAGGUCCAAUGGGAAAAGUGUCACGGUUCCUUAUUGCGUUUGAGAUGUAAUUUGUAUGGCUAUUUUCUAAAGUAUUUGUAAGGAUAGUGUAUGACCAAAUAAAAUGAUUCUAAAUGAU